AUGAAAGACAGUCAGACGCUUUGUUUGGAGUCCCUGAGCAAUGUUAGGAUCCCUAAAGACUAUGAUAUACUUGAACAAGUGGGAGAAAAAUUUUUCACAAAACUGUGCAAUUCUUAUCCGAAAUUACGCAUAUUUAUCUUUGACGACCACUAUGAUCUCGGCUCUUCGUGGAAACUAUUGGUGGAUGCAGUAAGACAGGUACUGAAAGACCUCUACAACGAAUCAGCUCUGAGAACAUUCGCUGAAAAUUUCGUGAGAGAUCGCACUUGUAACCAACUAGUUGUAUGUCUGCCCUACGAAGACCCGCCUGGCGAGGACGAAUGGAAGGGUUUCUUUUUCACCUUCCGGGACUUUAUCAGAGAGGAGUACAGUGCUGAAAUGGAUUGGAAGACGGCCAACGCAUGGAAUUUCAUUGCUCACCGCUUUGGUGGAUUGUGCGCCGAACAGUAUGAAAUCCUUUACAAGGAAUCAAGAAAGCAUCUAUUUCCGUGA